GAAUCUCUGACUUUCCCUUUGAAUCCACCGUGGUAACCACUUGAAAUCCAUCUCCACCUCCUCCGAUUCACUUAAAAUCUUGGUCAUUGUCACUCCAAUCUCCGAUUCAACUAGAAUUGAGCUCCGGUGGCAUUUCAGUACUCGGCUUCUGGUGCGUCAAAUCGUCCACCGGUGACUAGCAUCUUUGAUUCCAAUCUCCAAGUCUAAUGGCUAUGGAGAUCCAUUUGAUUUCCGGCGAUUCAUUGUCUCCGACCUCGCUCCAGAUAUGGUCGCCAGCAGCUGUCACUCUCCGGCGACUUCAGCUCAGAUCCGGCGAUCUUGACGAUUUAUGAUAUGCUCCUCCUUUGGGACAUAAUAUUAGAAGCUGAAGAAACGAGUACAAGGGGUAUUCUACCUUCAGGAAAUUGUGCGUGACCCUGAUAUUUGUCUAGUACAGGUUCACUCAUGGGAAGGGAUUGGGAAUGAAGCCAAAGAACACGUGGACAGCUGUGAAGGAUAGGUUCACACAUCCUCAUGUGGACUUAUACAAAGGUGAAACAUUUGAGCACAUGAAAAGUUUAUGGUUAAACUGGAGAUCAACAUUAACAUUUGAGCAAGAAUUUAGAAACUGCAUUGACAAACAUACCUAAACCUGUUGAUCAAGGGGAUUGGGUGUGGCCGGUUAAGGAGUAUUAUUCAAGUGAUGAAUAUGUGGUGUGGUAUUUUUUUAUAUUAUUUUUAAAAAAGUGUAAAGAUGUGUCUAUUGUUGUUUACAUGUCUAUCUUAGUGUUGUGACUUGCAUGUUUGCAUCCUGUGGAUAGAUAUAUCUGGAUACUUAGCCAAUUACCAUCCAAUUUCCAAAUGCAUUGGUUAAUAUGUUAUCAUCAUAUGUCCAUUCUCUUAUUUUACAGCUUGUUUAGCAUUCAUGGAGACUUUGGACCUUUGAUUGAACUUGCAAGCUUUACAAGGAUGACUUUAUUUUCCUUUUUUUUCUAGUCAUUUUGUUUUGAAUUGUAAUAUUGUAUAAGUGUUUUGGCAUUUAAAUUUUGGUUUCUUUCUACUGAUGAUUGGUUUUUUGGCUAUCUUUUCUAAUGAUGCUGUUUGGUAUGUGUGAAAAUUUUGGAUGUCUCUGCUUCAGAUCCUGAUGGUAAGCCCUUUCCCACCAGCUCUUGGUCCAAAGCAUUAAUAUGGUUUUCAUGGAUGUUUGAUAUGAUUUAAGAGAUGUUUGAUUGAAUUGAAUCCAUAAUUUUUGGGAAUGCCUACGUGCUCAUGUAUAUUUUGGUGCCUAACAUUAGAAAACUGAAUGGAUAAUAGGUUUCUACUUAAUUGCGUAUGUGUUUUUGUUUGUGCACUACUGGUACACCAAAAAGAAGAAAAAAAAGGAAGAAAACUGAAUGGUUGCUGUAUAUACCAGUAUAUAGUGAAUGGUUUGGUCAACAUAGAGGGUAGGGUAGGGUAAGGGGUAUUUGUUAUUUUGUCUGUGGACGAAUCAGUUACAGACAACAGGCAACCAGCUGAAAUGCCUUGUGCUAUGGUACACAGAAAAAUAAACCCCUUCCAACGAAUCAGUUGCUUAUGCUUUUAUUUUUUUUCAUAUGAUUUUCAUUCUGUUUCUUAGCCUUGAACGCCUACGUGACUCAUAAGGUGUGUUGGUCCAAUGCAUUUUUGAAUUUGAAAUUUAGGUGAUUGAUCUCAUUCCAUGGAUUAACAUAUUUCAUGCCUUAAAACACUUUUUUGGUUUCAUUUUCUCCUCUUUCAUUUCCAGGUGGAACAUAUGAAUGGAUUGUUAAUACUUUUUUGUGCAAGGAUAUCAAGAUUUGGCCUGUUAGUACUUUUUGGUUCUUUUGGAUAGACUUGGCUAUUUUUGUACAAGCACAUAGAAUGGUAUAGGCAUAUAGAAAUGCUACAAGCAUUAUGGAAAGUGGGUUCUUUUUGGUAGUGUUUUUAUGGAUAGUUUAACUAUAUCAUGUAAUUAAGGAUCUAUUAUCUU